AUGGCCGACGUACCUUCUCACGUUUCUCCCUUUCUCUCUCCGCAAUCACUUCGGCCUACUUCUUCAAGUGAAGCGGUCAAUGGCAUCGAUUCCUUCCGUCCCGUCCUGCCCGGUGCGGAGUCGGGUAAUAAGAGACCCGACCUACCCCAAGACCGAGCCAGCCCUGCUAGUAGCACAGAACAUGACCAUGUCGAUAUGACCCCUGGGGUACCUGCAUCCUUGCUCUCGCCAUCUUUUACGCCGCCCGCUACUCCCGGAGGUACCGUGAACUCGACGCAACUCUUCCAGCAAAGUCGCCAACUCCCCAGCAACGGAUUGACGAGCAUGCAUAUGCAUGCAAAACACCCGAAGCUUCUUCCCCGGCUUCCCCAUGUCGAGUGUAUUGUUCGCGCCCGGAUCCCCACCACCACUGGGACUGAGAUGUUCCUCCAUCUGUACCAUAAUGACAUUGACAACAAAGAGCAUCUGGCAAUUGUGUUUGGGAACAACAUCCGGAGUCGAAGCUUGGAUCAAGUUCGUCCGGGAGAGACGGAAAUGGACCGGAUGAUCCGCGGUGCAUAUGUCGGCCGCCUGCAUCCGGGCCGUGUAAGCAGCUGGUAUGACCCUGAGCACGCAACAGCGGCGGAGUGUGCAACCGACGUUGCGGAUGAUUCAUCGGAAUCGGGAUCGUCUCCACCUCCAUCGUCGGCAUCGUCGACUUCGCCAGCGGCUUUGCAGAGCAGCCUCAGCCAGGCACCGUUAGUGAGAAUCCAUUCGGAAUGUUACACGGGCGAAACAGCCUGGUCGGCACGUUGCGACUGCGGUGAGCAAUUGGAUGAGGCCGCGCGCUUAAUGUCCCUUCCUAUCGACACGUUAUCCGAGCUCGCGACGCAACGGGGCCUGUCUGUGCCAUCCAAUGCCUCUGGCGGCGUUAUCAUUUAUCUACGGCAAGAAGGCCGUGGAAUCGGUCUUGGCGAGAAACUCAAAGCCUAUAAUCUUCAGGAUCUGGGAUCCGACACUGUAGAGGCGAACCUGUUUCUACGUCACCCCGCCGAUGGACGAAGCUACGGCUUGGCUACUGCCAUGUUGGCUGACCUGGGCCUGGGGGUGGACUCCAACCCUCAUGGAAUCAGACUGCUUACGAACAACCCGGACAAGGUCCGGGCUGUCGAGGGUCCCAACAGAGAAGUGGUGGUCAAGGAGAGAGUAGCAAUGAUUCCUCUGGCAUGGAGUACCGGCGGGAAGACAGGCAUUAAGAGCACAGAGGUUGAGGGUUAUCUUCAGACAAAGAUUGCAAAGAUGGGCCAUAUGAUUCGAUAA